AUGUGGAGUACACGCGCUUUUCCACGCGGUGUACGGCAAGCGAUUAUCAAUGGAGCGCGAAAGCCGCAAGGGGAGUCCAGAAGCCCGUAUUGCAGCCAAAGGAAAGCUCUCUCAUCAAAUCAGAGAAAAUUCUACGUCGAUCUGAAGGAAAAUGAUCGUGGUCGCUUUUUGCGCAUUGCUCCGAUGAACCCACGUCAAACUCGCCAACAAAUCGCCAUUCCAUCCGAUGGAAUCGCCGAAAUUCAUAAGGUGCUAACCGAAUAUUUGGCCAAGUUCGGAGAGGGACACGAACAGGAGAACACCAACACUCCAAAAAUCACUGCUGAAAACAGAACGUUCCUUUUCCAUUCCGGAAAGAACGAUCGUGGAGAGUUUGUUCGCAUCUCGGAGGAAAUAAUUUUGUGUCAAAUAGAAGUUUAUUCUAAUUUUAUAUUCAGAUCAAACUCAACAGCGGCUAUCGUAACGCAAUCACCGUUCCAAUGUCCGCACUCGUCGAUUUCCGCAAAGAGUUGGAUAACAUCAUCGCCAACCAAGGAAAGUAGUGAUCUACAUGUUUUCUCUGCAAAAAAACAAUCGUAA